ACGAGAGAAUCAAACAAACGUACGCGUCCCCAAACGGGCGCGGUCUCAAGCCACUCGAACUGGCGUUAAAAAUAAAUGAAAAAUGUCGUCCUACGAUUGCAUGGACUUGUGCCGUUUGUGUCUCGUUAAGGAUCGUGUAUCCGUGCCAAUAUUCGAGGGUGAGGGUGAUGUGCGACAGAUAUUUCUCAAAAUUGCUGCGUGCCUGCCGGUCAAGGUAGGAAGAGAAGACAAACUCCCCAAGAAAAUCUGUGACGAUUGUGUGUACAAAGUAGAAUUGCUCUACGAAUUUUGGAAUACAACAGCAAAUGCUGAGAAGCAGUUGCUGCAAUGGCUUGGAGAGGAUGGAGAGGACAAACAGGGUUACGUAUCGAAUGUCAUGGAAUCAGAACUGAUGAAGCAAGAGACUGUAGAAAACAGACUGGAGAGCUCAGUGAUGCAAUCAGAAGAUCACCAAAACAGCAUGAACAUGAACAUGAUGGACCAAAUGGGACUGACAAUGCCAAUAAUAAUGACCACAGAUCAGCAACAAAUCACCUCAGUACCAAUGUCAUCAAGUGGGAAUAACAUUCAAGCUGUCCCAGGUACAAGUGCACAGUCUCCCAGAGGGAGAAAAAGUGGAAAUAACGAGGAGGACGAGGAAGAGAGUGAAGAUGAAGAUAAUUCUGAUGACGAUUGUGAUAAUGAUGGAGGAAUUAAUGUGAAAGAAGAGACCCCAGAGACUGGUAGAAACGUAGAGCCUUCAUUUGUUAAUGUAACGAUUCCCUGCGACGAGGCAGGACCAUCGGGUCUACAACAGCAGAAGCUCUCAGAAAUACCAGAGAUGGUGAUGGGGCCAUCAUCAGAGGGCGAUCCCAAGUCUGGGAGACGAAGAGAUAUAAAUCGGUCUAAAGAUAAACCGCUGAAGAAGAGAAAGUCGUCAGUGAAGACUCCCCGGAUCAUAUUAAAAUUGAAAAACGGAGGAAGACCGAGGAUUCCGAUAAAUUCACUGAAUUCUCAAUUAAAAAGAUCGCCGCAGGCUGUUCGGGACUUCCUGGACUUGAUUUCCUGUGAAUUCUGUGGAUUCAAGUGCAAUGACAAGCCGACGAUGUCAACGCACCUCUCGGAUAAUCACACAGACGAUGAUUUCUUGAUGAAGAGCCCAGGAACGCGUAUAGAGGGUACCAAAAAAUUCAGCUGCAACAUGUGUGGCAUGAUAUGCGCCAAGAGGGAGACCCUGAAUGCCCACUACAUCCGAAGACACACGGAAAAGUACGAGUACAGUUGUGACAAGUGUAUUAAAAAAUUCAAGAUCAAGGGUGACCUGACGACACACCUGAAGAGAAGCCACAGCGAUGAUCCGGUGGUGUGUGACGUAUGUGGUAAAUCCUGCCGAGACAAACACUCCCUUUACCUCCACCAGAAAUACUCCCACUACAAGGGAAAAUACACGUGUGAAAAAUGCGGCAAGUGCUUGACAACUGAGGAAAAUCUUGCUCAUCAUCUCAAGUAUCAGCACGAGAAGAAGGAGCGAAAGAUGUGCGAGGAGUGUGGAAAAACAUUUGCAUCGGUCUUUGAUCUGAGAAAACAUAUGAGAAUUCACACUGGUGAGAGGCCCUACAGAUGCAGCAUCUGCAGCAGAACCUUCAGCAGACAGUGCGGUCUCAAUCAACACCUUCUCCUGCACACUGGUGAAAAGCUCUACAUCUGCGACGUGUGUGGACGAUCAUUUGCCCAAAAAUCAGGACUCAUUGGCCACAGGAAAAAGCACAAAGGAGACCUACCACCCCUACCCCACGUUCAAAUCGAUCACAUCGUCAAGUCAUUGAAGAAGAACUAUUUCCUGUUUUGCAGAUCAACACAGAAAUUACGAGAUGAUGAGGAUCACGGUCUCUUCAUCUUCGAUCGAGCCUCAGUUGUGAUGAGAAAGUGGCAGAUUCUGGAGUUCGAUGGAAAGCCUUAUUACGCAUUUGUCCCUGAGAAUGAGGAGCCACUGGACCCAGAGGAGAUCAGAAAUCUCGAGGAUCCUGAGGAGUCCCACAACGAGUCAAAACCAAAGUUAGAAGUUAUUGAAUCAGAAGGAGAAACUCUGCAGAACGACGAGAGUUUCUACGACUACCAAUUGUCAUCGCCAGAGGGUGAAGAGCCUGAGGAACUCACCGACGACGUGAAACCCAUUCUUCUAAACGGAAUAACAGACUCAGAGAAAGCAGAGAAAGGGGAUUUGUAUCAAGUGAAGAUCGAGGGGAGUGUGAUAACCCUGGAGAAACUGGCAGAGAACGUAGAGGAAUUAAAAACAUCAGAAUCCAUUCUCCCCGAGAUCGAGGGCAAUCAGACAGCUGACGAGGACACCGAGAAGCUCGAGGACGACGAGGAACAGCCCCAGGAGGUACCAAAUUACGCAAAACAAGAACUGGAGGCAAUUGAAUUCGUGGGAGUUGACGCUGAGGACGAGGACGAGGAGCAAGUGGACGACGUGGAGCCCGUGACCAAAGAAACAUCUCCCACUAUCGAGAGCAAAAGAAAAACAAAAUACAGCCCAGUUAUACCCACGACAACAGCAACUCUAAAGUGCAAAGUAUGUGGUGAAACAUUUGGAUCAGCAAUAGCCUUUCGAAAGCACGUAGCAUGGACCCACAAGAAAAAAGUGUGCAUCCAAGAGGAUGGUGCCUACAUCUGUGCAGUAUGUGAUUACAGAACCCUGAAGAAGACCCUUUUCGCAGCCCAUCUCGAGAGAAAACACGAGACUUGGCCGAGAAAGGGACAGGGUAGUCUUGUAUUUCCAUGCGCUGUCUGUGGUUUUGUAUGCAGAUCAAAGCACUCACUCCAGUCUCAUUUCAUAAGAAAACACACCGACAAAUACGAGCACCAGUGCAAGUUUUGCCCCAAAAAAUUUAAGGUCAAGGGUGAUCUGACGAAUCACGUGAGAUUUCAUCACAAGGAGAGCCCCAUAAAGUGCGAUGUGUGUGGCAAAUUGUGUCAAAACACUGGAUCACUGUACGUACACCAGAAAUGGGCGCAUUACAAGCCAAAGUACGAAUGUCCAAUCUGCAAGAGGAGAAUGGUAACUCAGGAGAAUUUGGAUCAGCACAUGGUGACACAGCACGAGAAGAGAGAGAAAAUAGUUUGCGCUGAGUGUGGUAAGACAUUCACGAAGAAGGAUUCAUUUAAAAGGCACAUGGCAGUUCACACUGGGAGUAAACCACACGCCUGUCCAAUUUGUUCUAAACCAUUUGCCAGACAGUCACAGCUGAGACAGCACGUGCUAAUUCACACGGGUAAAAGGCCUUUCGUCUGUGACAUAUGUGGAAAAGCAUUCACCCAAAAGCCUGGCCUCAUUUGCCACAGAAAAACACAUCCUGGGCCGCAUCCACCACUUCCUGUUAUGCCUAUUGCCGAUUUGGUCAAUGAAUUCACUGCUGGGUACCUCCAAGAGACUGUGAAUAUCGGUAACGACGAGGAUGAAGGGGAGUUCGAGAGCGAGGAGUCUGACGAGGAGGUCGACCAAAUCGAGGAGAUCAGCGAGUAAUUAGCUAUCGUCGGGAGUUCAGCAUUUUUUUUUUUUCUUCAUCAGGACCAGAUUUCUCAGUAGUUGUAGAUAUUCGAUAGUUGGAUUUUGUUUAAUAGAAGUAGAUUUACUGAUUUGAGUUAACGCAAGUUGUAUUUUUGCUAAGGUUUAAGGAUAUUUAGGGUGUUCUGGUACUUUGUGUACAGUUUGAAAAGUUGGAAAUAAAUAUUUUUCAUGCUCAA